UAAAGUUGUGUCUGGUGUGGCCGCAGCUUCUUCGGCUCUACUUCUCUCUGCCUGCUCGACAGCGUUAGCUCAUGUGAGCUAACUAGCUAGCCUCCCAGCUAAAGUUAAAGCCAGAGGUUGAUGCUGUAGUAGAGCCUCGCAUAACGUGACACUAGUCGCUCCUCUGGCGUUGGCUGCUAAUUUUCCAUUUUCGUACUGUUGUUAAAACAGUCCGUUAUUGUUACAGUUUGUUUAGUUAGUUUAUCCGGACAGUGUUAUGAGGCUAAUUUCGGUGUCGUCUGUCUCUCCCUCCCUGAGGUUACUGGUAGGGGCGGGGUUUCAUCUUUUUUAGCCACGCAGACUGAGGUGUUUGUCUUGCCUUUACAGCCAUGGAGAGAUUAGAAACUACAUCAAAGCUCCAGUCACGGCUGUCGUCCCUCUCCUUCUCCUCGUUCCCGGGAAUAACAGCCAAACAGAGCGACAACAGACCGCUGGACAGGCUCCCCAACACAGACCUUUCACAGAGCUGCACCCAAUCCAAAAACCAAGCUGAUAUGGAGGAAACCAAGGGGGACUCAGGGCAACAUUCUGAGGGUAAUGCAGUGGCCCCUGCAGAGCUGGCCCCUGCAGAGCUGGCCCCGGGGGAAGGAGGCGAGGAGAACAACAGUGCUGGGAGUUGUCAGCUCUCCGCUGAGAUGAAAGCCCAGAUGCCGCCCCUGACGGCAGCCCAGAUGCCGCCCCUGACACCCCCAACAACGUGGACAUCUGCUGCAGUGAAGGAGCUGAAAGCAAGACUUCAAACGGAGGACGACAGCGUGGUGACGGUGUACCGAGGCGACAUCAUGACGGUCCACGUGCCCACUGUCCCCGAGGCCAAAAAAGUGUGCUGGGAGUUUGCUACAGACGGUUAUGACAUUGGCUUUGGCAUAUAUUUUGACUGGACUCCUGUCACAAGCCGGUCCAUCACCGUGCACAUCAGCGAGUCAAGUGAUGACGAAGACGAAGAGGAGGAGCUGGGAGGGCCCGUCGGUAACGGAGAUGUUGAGAAGGGCUCCAAAAGUCAAACCAACUCAAACUUGGCUGAAAUCGUACCCGUAUACCGCCAGGACAGUCACACAACCGUCCAGGGGGGGAGCCACGAUUUUCCAGGUGAAGGCACUUACCUGCUGAAGUUUGAUAACUCCUACUCUCUAUGGCGAAAUAAAACUCUUUACUACAGAGUUUAUUACAGUGCCUGAGAUGCCACUUUAAGAAUGUAGACUUUAAAGAAAAAUACUACUCGUAAGACCGAUGAACUAUUUUUGAUUCAGUACUUUGAAAAAGAUAGUUAUUAUAUAAAAGGUUAAAUAGAAGCAUAUCUAUUUUUAGCACUGUCGGCUUGUGUUGCCACAUGUUGAAGUCGCAAUCGGAUGGUUUUGAAUGCAACAUCUGCUCCGAUGUCUUACUGAUGGAUAUUUGAAGAACCCUUGCAUAAUGUGCCAUGUCCCUGUGUAAGCACUGUGCUAUUCGGUCAAGUGUCCGUCAUUUAACAUUAUUUGUCUUCAGCUGAGAUAUUUCAAUGGUAGCAGUGAUCAGGGAACACCUGCACAGAAUUAAUUUCACCAGGUGCUUAAUCAGCAGCGCUCUAAAGAAUUUGUUGUGUGUGUGUACUGUGAGCGUACACCUUCUAUGAUUAUGUUUUGUUGUUCAGUGUAUUUAUCCUUCUUCUUUGUGUUGUAACUUAUUUUUUUUUAUCUGUGUCAAAUUAUAUCACGUGAUAAUGGAGAAUAUGAUUAUAUAAUACAAUGCACAGAGUUGUCUACUGUCAUCGUGGUGUGUUGUUAAAAGGUAUAGAAGUUGAAUGUACUGAAGCACGUGGUAACAGUUUACCAGAGUGUGCUUUUUUUAUGACACAAAUAAAAGCCAUCCCUUAUCACACAAAGCUCUUAUUAUGUAAUAUAGAUUCAAUAUUUACAGUCGCCCUCUCUCCCUUUUAAUUUACUGAUUCAGAGGAAGCGAGCGGCUGUAAUAUUUCAUCCAAAUGCAUUUUGUGCACAGGUCUAUGUAAGUAAAGGUCAGUGUUUGUUUUUGAAUCUCCCCGGUGCAUUCGGCAUACUUUUGAUUGCGUUGCUUUGUUUCCAUCCGGUUUCUAAAAUCGAUGACUCUACCAAACUCACUUGUGUGCAUGUUCCCAAAGAUGUCUCGGACUGCUAAUGCUGUAUACAAUGUAAAGCAACUGGUUUACUACUUCCCAUGUCUGCUGAACUGUACCUUUUACUGUACGUCAUGACAUUUGUUCCUGAAAUUUAUAUUCCACAAUAAAGAGAAGAUUGACUAGUU